UAUCGCAAUGUCAAGUUAAAUAUGUGUGAUCAAAAUAGAAAUCUACCUAUUUUGUUCUUGACGUAAAUAAUACAAAGUUAAUUUUUUGCAUUAAUAAUUUGCAUACACUAUAAACCACUCUUUUAGUGGUAUAUAAUUUACUUUUUUGUUUAGUAAUUUAGUUACUAAAAGUAAACAGUUUACAAAGUUUAAAGAAGACAUCAUAAACCGUAAACCAUGAGUAACAAGCAAAAGAAGAACCUACUUGAUUUGUAUCUAACAGAAGUCUUCAAGAAUUUCAUAGCGUUAAAGGACAACGAUGUUAAAAGAUCACAAGAGGUGUUCAAAAGCGUAUUUGAACAGGUCAGGGAGGCUAUGGGGAAGCAGUGUAAUUAUUUCGCCAACUAUAGCAACCAGGUUAUGUACGGUGGGAGCGUCUACGACGGGAUCAAAGUGUCGAAACUGGACGAGUUUGACAUGGACAUCGUCAUACGACUACCGAUUAGCUACGAGGACGGUGAGAACGGCAUCACCAUUGAAAAUGAACAACCCGGAUUUGUGAAACUAAAAAUCACAAAAGCCUUUGACAACCUCGUAAGACAGAGCAAUUGGGAAAGUCGUCAUGUCGUCACCCACACGUGGAGAGACAACGAAUGCUACCUGAGGCAAGACAAGUUUCGUUUCUGGAUACAAAGUGUGGUCCAGAAAGCUAUGAAUGACCUAAAGAACAAAGUUACAGUUAACGGGGUGACCUAUUCGUUGAAUUAUACGCAAUCCGGUCCGGCGUAUACCUUGAAAAUUACCAAUUUGCCGGAAAAUGAAGAUGAGCCGUUCAAACUUGACGUGGAUUUAGUGCCCGUCAUUAGAUUCACUCAUCCCCGCUGGCCACAGGGCUACAGGCAACCCAACGUUACGACCGCCAAGGACUGGUUGGUGGUGCCGAAGCCGAAUAAGACCAUCAAGGACGGGCAGCUGCAGAAUCGCUGCUGGCGGCUCUCGUUCCAGGACUUCGAGAAGGAGCUCAUGAAGGGUUGCCAAAACCUCAAAACUACUAUUAGAUUGGUGAAAAAAAUGCGCGACGUUCUCGAACUGAAAGCUAUAGCAAGUUAUUACAUUAAAACAUUGUUCUUAUGGAAAAUUUCCAAAAACGAUAAGAAGUAUUGGGAGAGAAAAGUCAGUGUUCUCUUCAAGACCAUGGUGGAGGAGUUACAUAAUGCUGUAGCGGAAAAAAACAUUCCAUACUUUUGGAACGAGCAAAACAACUUAAUCGAGACCCUAAAAGAUUCGAUACAAUCUGAAUAUACACAAAAAUUACAAAACGUUCUCAACGCUGUAAAUUGCAAUGACAUGGAUAAAGUAUUGUCGGCGUUGCUUACGAAAAGGGAAUUGGCACAGUUUAAAAUGUUCGAUUUUUAUCAAAAUAAUAUUACUUCUGCACUGCCCGGACGUGGCAAAGGAUCCAAAAAAGUGCCGAUCGCUGCUAACCUAAUUGACAAUUUAGAUAGUAAAAUGGAAGAGUUAAUGAAGAAAUUCAACGAACUAACAGAUAAAGUUAACAGCUUAAAAAUCGAUGACAAUUUAAAAGAUGCAUAUAUGAAAGUAGUGUGUGAGGUCGAAGAGAUCUCAGAUGAGAUCGAAGAAAUAGAUUUUUAUGAUUAUGAUAAUCCGAAAAGGAUUAAAUUGAACAAUGGCAGAAAAGCUAAAAAAAAUGCGCGACGUUCUCAAGUUGAAGAAGAUUGUUACUCAUUACAUCAAAACAUUGUUUCUAUGGAAAAUAUCCAAAACAUCCAAGUCAUAUUGGGAUGGGAAACUGAGUGUGUUAUUUAAGACGAUGGUUCAAGAGCUGUAUAACGCUCUAAAUGAAAAGUAUAUCCCGUGUUUCUGGCAUCGUGACCACAACCUGAUUGCUAAUUUAGAUGACUCUAAAAGAAUCGAUUACAUGGAAAAAUUAGAUAAUCUUCUCAAUUA